AUGCAGCAGCCCUUCAGUUACCCAUAUCCCCAAAUCUACUGGGUGGACAGCAGUGCCAGCUCUCCUUGGGACCCUCCAGGCUCAGUUCUCCCCUGUCCAACCUCUGUACCCAGAAGGCCUGGUCAAAGGAGGCCACCACCACCACCACCACCACUGCCACCACCACCACCUCCGCCACUGCCACCGCUGCCCCCACUACCACUGCCACCCCUGAAGAAGAAGAGGGACCACAGCACAGGCCUGUGUCUCCUUGUGAUGUUUUUCAUGGUUCUGGUGGCCCUGGUUGGAUUGGGGCUGGGGAUGUUUCAGCUCUUCCACCUGCAGAAGGAGCUGGCCGAACUCCGAGAGUCUACCCGCCAAAAGCACCCAGCAUCAUCUCUGGAGAAGCAAAUAGGCAGUCCCAGUCCACCUUCUGAAAAAAAGGAGCCAAGAAAAGUGGCCCAUUUAACAGGCAAGCCCAACUCAAGGUCCAUGCCUCUGGAAUGGGAAGACACCUAUGGAAUUUCUAUGAUCUCUGGAGUGAAGUAUAAGAAGGGUGCCCUCGUGAUCAAUGACACUGGGCUGUACUUUGUGUAUUCCAAAGUAUACUUCCGGGGUCAAUCCUGCAACAACCAGCCCCUGAGCCACAAAGUCUACAUGAGGAACACUAGGUAUCCCCAGGAUCUGGUGAUGAUGGAGGGGAAGAUGAUGAACUACUGUACUGCUGGGCGGAUGUGGGCCCAGAGCAGCUACCUGGGUGCAGUGUUCAAUCUCACCAGUGCUGAUCAUUUAUAUGUCAAUGUGUCUGAGCUCUCUCUGGUCAAUUUUGAGGAAUCUAGCACGUUUUUUGGCCUAUAUCAACUCUAAGAAAAGCACUUCGGGAUUCUCUCCAUUACAGUUCCUUGUUAGAGGCACUGAGAAUAUUGUCUUGAAUGAGGGUCUUUUUAAGCCUAUUUGAGGUCAAGUAAGAAGACAUGAAUCUAGAGGACCUUGAGACCACAGGGUCCAGCAGGUCUGUAGCACCUCGUCUCAGCUAAGGGCCAUGAGGCAGACAGGAGGAGGAAUAUGACUGAACAACAUAAAACUCUGGGCUGCCAUGUGAAGAUUCAGAGGCAUGGAAAAGCCUCUGCUACCAGGUGUCUACAGUCAUCUUACAUGGCCAAGAGCAUUUUGGCACAUCGAAAAGAAUACCUUUUAACUCGCCUCUCAGGUGGGUCUACCUGCUACCUCAGAUACAUGGUUGUGACAUGAGUGUACAAGGCAUGGAAAAGGAGGACAAGGCUCGCACAAUAAGCUAAUGAGACUGGAGGAGGCCAGUGCCUCACUGGCAUCAUCUUCACUUCUAAGUAAAUGUAUGGCCUGAGCCAUCAUGUGAUGCUAACGGAGGAGCAAGAGGGAUCUUUUGGGGACUCAGUCCAUUUCCUACACAGCAUGUGUAUUUCCAGUGCCAUUGUAGGUGUGUGUGUGUGUGUGUGUGUGUGUGUGUGUGUGUGUGUGUGACUAAAGAGUCAUGUAAGUAGAGAGAAUGUGGAUAUUGUGAAGUCCAUGUUUGGAAAGUAUGGGUUGCAUUUGGGAGUAGAUUUGAAUGCCUCUUGGCAUCCAAAUCUAAUAGUCUUCAAACAUUGAUUUUCAGCUACUGAUGCUGUUUUCUUAUAG